GGAAAGAGUUCCAGCUUCAUCACGGAGUUUCUCUCGGUUUGUGGGCUCAUCUAAAGGACCAACGUGGAUCGAGAAGUCAGCACUCUCAGGAGGCCGACAAUUUUGUUGAAGAAAGAAGUGGAAGAAAAAAAUACAACAGUGACGAGUUUGGGAAAGAUUUUACUGUGAAAGCUUCCCAAAAAAUGCAUCAGGUCAUCCACACCGGAGAGAGACCAUUCAGCUGUGACGAGUGUGGAAAGUCUUUUACGCAGUCUGGAAACUUAAAAGCACACCAACUCAUCCACACCAGAGAGAGACCGUUCAGCUGUGGAGACUGUGGAAAGUCUUUUACGCAGUCUGGAAGCUUAAAAACACACCAACUCAUCCACACUGGAGAGAGACCAUUCAGCUGUGACGAGUGUGGAAAGUCUUUUACCCACUCUGGAAGCUUAAAAAGACACCAACUAAUCCACACUGGAGAGAGACCAUUCAGCUGUGAUGAGUGUGGAAAGUCUUUUACGCAGUCUGGAAACUUAAAAGCACACCAACUAAUCCACACUGGAGAGAGACCAUUCAGCUGUGACGAGUGUGGAAAGUCUUUUACCGAGUCUGGAAACUUAAAAUCACAUCAACUCAUCCACACUGGAGUUAAAGCGUACACCUGUGAUCAGUGUGGCAGAGCUUUUACUCACAAUCACAGCUUACAGAGUCAUCUAGUUACCCACUCUGGAAUUAAGGCGUACAGCUGUGACAUUUGUGGAAAAACUUUCAGCCGGAUAGGGAGCCGAAAUACACACCUACGCAUUCACACCAGACAUGAUGUGUACAGCUGUGAUCAGUGUGGUAAACAGUUUACUACAAACACAGAGUUACGACGUCACAUGUUUACCCACACUGAGGAACGACCUUAUAAAUGUGACCUGUGUGAGAAGACUUUUAAAUCUCCACGUUGCCUGAGACGACACCAACAGAUCCACACCAGAAAGACUCUACAAGUGCAGUUAGUGUGAGAAGCAGAGCGACACAGAUGGAUCAAGUUCUCAACCCUGUCAUCGCUGUGGGAAAGACUUUUGUUGUGACCUUUGUGGAAAAACUUUAAGUCAUUGAAGGACUCUGAAAAUACAUCAACGUAGACACACUGGAGA